UUAUAGUGCUCCAGGUGACACAACGCGAGACAACAGCAGACGAAUUUAAACGUGGAAGAACGUCAGACGUCUACGUUUCGCUUUAGAUUUUUUGGUGACUUAAAGCAAAAUCGAAAUCAUGCUAACGGGAGAUCGGGUAGAAGUCUCAUCUGACCGUAUCCGGAAUAAACACUCUCAGAAUGGUGUCAUCCAGCCACUUCUGACUGAUUUGUACCAGAUUAACAUGGCAUAUGCUUAUUGGAAAUCUGGGAAAAAUGGAGAUCAAGCUGUGUUUGAUCUUUUCUUCCGUAAAAAUCCCUUCUAUGGAGAAUUCACAAUAUUUGCUGGUCUAGAAGAAUGUCUGAAAUUUUUAGAAAAUUUCAGAUAUUCAGAAUCAGAUAUUGAGUACCUCAAGGAAACCUUGCCAGACACAGUGGAACCAGAAUUUUUUGAAUAUUUGGCAAAUAUUACCACUACUGAUGUAAAGAUGUAUGCCAUUGAUGAGGGAAAGGUCGUUUUUCCAAGAGUGCCGUUACUAAUCUUGGAGGGUCCUCUCAUUGUGAUUCAGCUUCUUGAGACAACUUUGCUAACUCUUGUGAAUUAUGCCAGUCUAGUUGCAACAAAUGCGGCUCGAUAUAGAAUGGCUGCUGGACGAAAAAUAAACCUCCUUGAGUUUGGUUUAAGAAGAGCUCAGGGACCUGAUGGUGGAUUGUCUGCUUCCAAGUAUGCAUAUGUAGGUGGUUUUGAUGGCACCAGUAAUGUUUUGGCUGGGAAGCUGUACAACAUUCCAGUGAAAGGCACCCAUGCACAUUCCUAUGUGUCAUCGUAUUCCUGUUUAGGUGAUUUGGAAACUGAGGUUUUGAAUCACAAAGAAACAGGAGAAGAAAUGAAUUUGAAAGAAAGAAGUCUUGCGUGGAGGGGCCUGUUGGCUGAUAAGCUUCAGAUUCUGCAGUCAGAAGUUUCAGAUGGGGAACUUGCUGCAUUUAUCUCUUUUGCCAUCGCAUUCCCAUCAGGCUUCAUUGCUCUAAUUGAUACAUAUGAUGUUCUAAAGAGCGGAAUUUUAAACUUCUGUGCUGUUGCCUUAGGUCUUCAUGAUUUAGGAUACAAAGCCCAGGGUGUACGAAUUGACUCUGGUGAUCUUGCAUAUCUUAGCUGUGUUGCCAGGUCAACUUUUGCCACUGUUGGAAAAGAGUUUGACUUAGAUUGGUUUGAGAAGCUUUUAAUUGUUGCAAGUAAUGACAUAAAUGAAGACACUAUCAUCAGUCUUAACGAGCAGGGGCACAAAAUUGACAGCUUUGGAAUUGGAACACAUUUGGUGACCUGCCAGCGACAGCCAGCUUUAGGAUGUGUGUUCAAAUUGGUUGAGAUUAAUGGGAUUCCUAAAAUAAAAUUAUCACAGGAUGUGGAAAAAGUGACAUGUCCUGGAAAGAAAACUGUGUAUCGACUAUAUGGUGCAGAUGGUAAGCAGUUGAUAGCAGAUGGUAUACAGUUGAUAUUAAAGUUGUCUUUAAUAUUAGAAUGCCAUAUUAAUACUAUAAUUUCAUAGCAGUAAUUUAUUAUAAUUUAUGAGUUGGAAGUUGGUUAUUUCUUUGAUAACACAUGCAUUAUUAGUUAAAAAAUAUUUUUAGUGAAAUAUAUUUUUGAAGAGUGUGGUGAUUGGUUUGGAUACUAUACUCUCAUUUUCUUAAAAAAAUAUAUAUAUGUAUAUAUAUAUAUAUA